AUCCGGGAUUUUACGGGUUAAAAUGCACAGAAACCUGUAGCAUACAUUGUACGGAUCCAAUGUCAUGUGAUCACGUAAACGGAAGCUGCGCAGAAAGCUGCAAGGACGGUUGGGAAGGGGACAAGUGUGACCAAAAAUGUGAAGAAAUGAAAUAUGGGAACAAAUGUCAGCACUCAUGUGGUCAUUGUGUUAAUGGUGAGAUCUGUAAUCAAGUGACUGGUGUGUGUUCAAAUGGAUGUGCAACGGGAUGGAAAGGGAAUGUUUGUGAUGAAGAAUGUGAUCCUGGCUAUUUCGGUUCGUUGUGUCAGGAUACGUGUAGUGAGCACUGUAUUAACCCCAUGUCAUGUGACCACGUAAACGGGUCUUGUGACGAUGGAUGUAAGGAUGGGUGGAUCGGGUCCAAAUGCAUCGAACAAUGUGAGAAGUAUUUUUAUGGAAAAGAUUGUGAAAAUCACUGUGGACAUUGUUCUGAGGGCGAAUUCUGCAAUCACGUGACCGGAGAAUGUCCCAAUGGAUGCGCAUCCGGGUGGACUACGGAUAUUUGUAGUCAAGAAUGUGAUCCUGGAUAUUAUGGGCUGAUGUGUAAGGAUCAGUGCAGUCCACAUUGUUUGGAUUCUAUGUCAUGUGAUCACGUGAGUGGGUCAUGUGAUGGAGGGUGUAAGGAUGGCUGGAUUGGAGCUAAGUGUCGGGAUC